AUGAACCUGGAGCCAUAUGUCCCUCAGGAUUGGAGUAAGCCAGCUGCCCAUCAAGCUCAGGGUGAUGUUAUCAAACUAAUGUCCACUGAAGAGAAGCCCUCUGAAGAACCUGACAUGGAAUACAAAGAGGCAGCACAUGGGAAGAGGAAGCUUAAGUUGACAAAUAUAUUGGAAGAAAGGAGCAGGAGCAAAGAACAAUCUCCAACCCAAGGGUCCUCCCUUGCAGACAUCAAACCCUUUUCCAACGAAGGGUGGUCCACUAUCCCCAUUGACAGUAGAUUCAUCAAGCAUAGCAGCCUCACCAGAAAGCACAGCAAUGUGACUUUGAGAUGGGCCAGAUGGGCCCUCAAACAUCUCAGAGGAAAAAAAGAAGGCUCUAAGUGUCUUAUGAAGCAUGCUCUUUAUAUGAUAUAUAACAACUUGGACUCUGAAUCUGGAGAGGAUAAGGACACAAAGGCAGCUCCCACUGAAAAUUGUGGCAAUGUCAAGUCCUCUGGUGCAGUCCAUACUCAGGCAGAUGAUGCUUCAGAAGGAGGGGCACUACACAAUGAAGUACCAGUGGGUACUACACACAAGGAAGAACAAGCUCCUGCUGUCACACCUACUGUUCCAAAUCAACAGCCUCUUGGUGUCUCUCAUCCCCAGGUUCCACCUCUUUGUGAUGUCCCUUGUGACUUACAGCCUGAAGUCCCUCAUCCUAAUAUUCCUUGUGACCUGGAACUUCUUCAUGAUGCCCCUGGUACCCAGAUUCCUCAUAACUUGGAUCCUUUGCAUGAGCCACUGCACAACCUUCAUGAGCCUUCACACAACCCUUGUGAGCCUCUCCAGCACCCUUGUGAGCAUCUCCAUUACACUUGUGAGCCUAUUUGGCAUGACCCUCAUGGUGCCCCUCCUGACUCAUGA